AAUUUCCUACCGCAUUAAAUCUUACAGUAUGCAUCAGUUGACAAAUUUCCUACUUACUUCUAUUAAAGUUCAAAGAAAACCCAGUACCAAUAAUUCUAUCGAGUAGAGCCAUAGCUAUUUCUUAUUUGAAGUGCCAAUAGCUAGUUGUCUCUCCAAUUAUCAUCAGCUGAUCUCUUACCACAACUACAACUUAUCCACAUACAUGUUAUUUUCUUUUCAGAUAAUUAACUGAAUCAAUGGCAUUAUCUUCUGCUUCUACAACUACUUCACAGUUUCGGUGGAACUACAAAGUCUUUCUAAGCUUUAGAGGUAAAGAUACUCGAAGCAAAUUUACAAGUCACCUCUUCAAAGGCUUGGAAAGCAGUGGAAUAUUCACGUUUCAAGAUGAUAAAAGGCUAGAGCAUGGUGCAUCAAUAUCAGAUGAACUCCUGAAAGCUAUCGAACAGUCUCAAGUUGCCCUUGUCGUUUUCUCACAGAAUUAUGCAACAUCGAGGUGGUGCUUAGAUGAGUUAGUAAAGAUCAUGGAAUGCAAGGCUCAAUGUGGACAUACUGUCAUACCAGUCUUCUAUGAUGUGGAUCCAGCACAUGUUCGAUACCAGAGGAAGAGCUUUGCCAAAGCCUUUAAGAAACACGAAACAAGAUAUAAGGAUGAUGAUGAAGGAAUGCAGAAGGUCCAAAGAUGGAGGAAUGCUCUAACUGCUGCUGCAAAUCUAAAAGGAUAUGAUAUCCGUGCCGGGAUUGAGGCAGAGAAUAUUCAGCACAUUGUCGACCAAAUUUCCAAAUUGUGCAAUAGUGCUAGUUUAUCUUCUUUGCGAGAUGUUGUCGGGAUAGAUACUCAUCUGGAGAAAUUAAAGUCCCUACUUAAGGUAGGAACCAAUGAUGUUCGGAUCAUAUUGGGGAUCUGGGGCAUGGGGGGUCUAGGGAAGACGACAAUAGCAAGAGCCAUUUUUGACACUUUAUCUCAUCAAUUUGAAGCUGUUUGUUUCCUUGCGGAUAUUAAAGAAAAUGAAAAAAGACAUCAACUGUAUUCUUUGCAAAACACCCUUCUCUCUGAAUUGUUAAGAAGAAAAGAUGAUUACGUCAAUAAUAAGCAUGAUGGGAAGCGGAUGAUUCCGGAUAGACUUUGCUCUAAGAAGGUGCUAAUUGUGCUUGAUGAUAUAGAUCAUAAAGAUCAUUUAGAGUAUUUAGCGGGUGAUAUUGGUUGGUUUGAUAAUGGCAGUAGAGUUGUUGUCACAACUAGAAACAAGCAUUUGAUAGAGAAGAAUGAUGUCAUUUAUGAAGUGACUGGACUAGCUGACCAUGAAGCUAUGCAGUUAUUCAGUCAACAUGCUUUCAGAAAAGAAGAUCCAGAUGAGUGUUUUAAGGAGCUCUCAUUGGAGGUAGUAAAUUAUGCUAAAGGUCUUCCUUUAGCCCUCAAAGUGUGGGGUUCUUUGCUGCAUAACUUAGGCUUAACUGAAUGGAAAAGUGCUAUAAAGCACAUGAAAAUUAAUUCUAAUUCGGAAAUUGUUGAAAAGCUCAAAAUCAGUUAUGACGGAUUGGAGCCCAUCCACCAAGAGAUGUUUCUAGAUAUAGCAUGCUUCUUGCGAGGGGAAAAAAACGAUUACGCCGUGCAAAUUCUUGAGAGUUGUCAUUCUGGAGUUGAAUACGGAUUGCGUAUUUUAAUUGACAAAUCCCUUGUGUCUAUCUCUGAAAAUGAUCGAAUUCAAAUGCAUGACUUAAUACAUGAUAUGGGUAAAUAUAUAGUGAAUUUUAAAAAAGAUCCUGGAGAACGUAGCAGGCUAUGGCUCGCCGAGGAAGUCGAAGAAGUGAUGAGCAACAAUGCAGGGACCAUGGCAGUGGAAGCAAUUUGGCUUCAUGGUAAUUUUAGUACACUACGCUUUAACAAUGAGGCCAUGAAAAAUAUGAAAAGGCUUAGGAUAUUAUACAUAGACAAAGAGUUCUAUGAUUUCAAUAUUUGGGAUGAUGGCUCCAUUGAGUAUCUGUCCAACAACUUGCGUUGGUUAGUCUUGGAUGGCUAUCCUUGUGAAACAUUGCCAUCUACAUUUGAUCCCAAAAUGCUUGUUAACCUUCAACUCCACCUUAGUUCACUGCGUUAUUUAUGGACGGAAACAAAGCAAUUGUCGUCUCUACGGACGCUAGAUCUCAGAUACUCUAAAAGCUUGGUGCGAACACCAGAUUUCACGGGGAUGCCAAAUUUGGAGUAUUUGGAUCUGUUUUGGUGUUAUAAUCUUGAAGAGGUUCACCAUUCCCUGGGAUGUUGCAGCAAACUCAUUUGGUUAGAUUUGAGUUGGUGUCAAAGCCUUAAGAGAUUUCCAUGUGUUAGCGUGGAUUCUCUUGAAUAUCUGAGUUUAGAUGGUUGCUUUAGGUUAGAGAAAUUUCCAGAAAUCCACGGGAGAAUGAAGCCGGAGAUACAUAUUCGCAUGGGAGCCUCUGGGAUAAGGGAAAUACCAUCAUCUAUUUUUCAGUACCAGACUCAUAUUACCAAGCUAGAUUUCAGCGGUAUGAGAUGAAGGAUUGCGUAUAGUGUUGGGAUAUAUACUAUUAACCAUGGAUUUUGGUUUGGAUAUAGUAUUUAUUAUAGAAUAAUUAUUUAUUUAAGUUUAACAAAGUUUUAAAUAGAUCAUAUAUUGGUUUGUGUCCUUUACUUAUAUAGUAGAUGAUUUAGUGUAUAGAGUUUAGCUUAGUAUAGAGAGACUAAAACAACAUCAUAAAUAUUGUGUUCUCUUUUUCCAUUAAAUGUUCCUGAAAAGGAAAAAUCUGUUUCGUUUGGAACUUCAAUCGUAGAAGUACAUAAGAGUUGUUUUUCCA